AUGGUACACCAGUGGGAGGACGUGCAGCAGGAUAGCCAGGCCAUCCAGAUCCCGCGUGUAUUAGAUCACCCACUGCCCAUUUUACCAUGCCACACCAAUGGGGUUUUGUGCCAGCGUGACCCCACGCAGUGCCAGUACGUGGCCGCCAGCAUGAAUUCCAUGCGGAAGCACUGGCAAGCCACCCACAAGUGGUCACGGCAGGCCCGCCGUGGCCGCGUGGGCCAGCGGGAGAAGGCACGCAGCGAGGCGGAGCUCGCGAGGUCGUUCAGGCAGGUGGCAUGGCAGCAGGCGUUCCCAUCCAGCCCCGGGUCCCAUUACAUCCACAUCCAAUACCCAGAUGGCCGCCAGAGCCCACCACCGCCCGCAGAGCAGGCCCAGCAGGCCAUGGAUGCCAUGGUCAUCGCAUGGGAGCGGGCGCGGGCGCGCGAGGUAGAGCAGGCCACCAUCCAGGCAGAUAAGGCCAUGGAUGCCAACCCAUGGCUGCGCAUAACGGGGUGGGCAAGGUAUUUAGACGGCGUGCACCCGCAGGAUUUGCGCCAGCUAGUGGAGGCGCCCGUGGAGGUAGCCGAGGGGGAGGUAGAGGAGCUGGCGCGGCGCAGCCAGCAGACCGUGCAGCAGUGCGGCGCGGGCAUCCGCGUGGAGGCGGCCCGUACGGAGGCCGGCCAGACGCCAUACAAGCCAUUGCAGGCGUACAUGGACGAGGCCAGCAUUAAGAAGCACGUGCAGCCAUGGCAGCAGGUGCUAGCAUUCAUCGCGCGCACGCAGGCCGCCCAGGCAAGCCCAAGCCGGGAUAGCCGCCAGGAUAGCCAGGAUAGGGAUGAUAGUGAUGGUGGUGACCAUGGCAAGUGGCUAGGGAGGUUACCCGCGUAUGGGAUGACCCCGCGGCAGCGCCAGAAGUGGCAGGUGUUAUGGCAGCUAGCCAUGCCAGCCGUUAAGAGGCCCGAAGCAGAAGCCCAAGCUAGUGGCCAAGCGCGUGCGCAAGCCCGAGUCAGGGCAGGGGUGAGGGUGAUCCACACAUUCGCCGGGGCAGGCCAGAUCAUUGAGGACGUGUGGAGUGCCAGCCCCAGCCUAGGUAGCAGCCCAACCGCGAUGGAGACGGACGAGGAGACGGGCAUGGAUAAUAAGGAUGGGGUCCAGGCUGCAGAUGCAGAGGAGGUAGAGGCGUAGCAGAUAACCCCCAUAGAGCAGGCGUGCUUGGAGUUUUGCAUCGAGCUAAUAAACCAGCGCCACC